AUGUCAGCCAUUACAACUAAAAUCAUUGAAAAAUACAAUCUUAGCUCUAAGAUAGGUAUAUCUGAUCUCAGUCAAUAUAUCUCAGAAUUUCUUGAAAACCUUACCGAUGAUAAAAAGCAGAAUCAGGCUCGCAGAUGCCUUCGGGAUGGUUUUAAAUUUAGCAGUGAACAGGUAGGUGUAUUGAUACCUAAUCAGAGAAGUGGGAAAAAUAAAACUAUAAAUUUGGUUGAAG